AUCUUGUGAUUAAGUAUGAUGAUUAGAUCUAGAUAUUUGUCCCGCACUUUAAGACCUAACUUCUUGGUGUUGCAGACUGUAAGAACUUUUUAUAACCGUCAAAUUGAUUAUUAUGACGUGUUGGGAAUUGAUAAAUACGCCGAGCUUAAAGAAAUUAAACUUGCUUAUUUCAAGAUGGCACGAAAGUUUCAUCCAGAUACCAAUAAAACCGUCGAUGCUAAACAAAUGUUUGAACUCGUUGCCGAAGCCUAUGACGUACUGAGUGAUGAAAAGAAGAAAAGAGAUUAUGACGAGACGGGAUCAAGCUCCGAGAGAUACGGAGGAAGAUCUCAGGGUCCAGGUAGACAGUCUUCUGAUAGUACAUACACCCCGGAGCAGAUGUACUCUACUAUAUUCAGUACCGGAGAAUGGAAGGGAGAGACGGAGGAAAUGGCUCGACAGGAUUUUCAUGUCAACUAUGCUGGAACUGAUGUUAGUCGAGAGUAUAUUGCGAACAUAUCUUUUGAAGAAUCGAUCACUGGAACCAAUGUGCUUUUAAACGUACGAGUUGCGGGUACUUGCAACAAGUGCAUGGGAUCUCGCUCCGAACUCGGUUACACUGGAAACGUUUGUCCAUACUGUGAGGGAACCGGAGAAGAAACUAUUAAAACCGGUCAUAUUGUAGGGCGUAAAGAAUGUUCAUAUUGUCUUGGUGAGAAAAUAUUUUAUAAGUUCAAAUGUAUUGAAUGUGAAGGUCUUGGAAGAAUAUUAUAUGUCCGACCGUAUUACGUUUAUAUUCCGCCAGGGACGGAGCAUGGACAAGUUAUGCGGGUUGAGAUAGAUAACAAGGUACUAGAUAUACCAGACGAAGAUGUUGAACGUGAACGUGUUCUAUAUGUAACUGCGAGUGUUAAAGACAGUCCAUUCUUCACGAGAGAAGGUUUAGAUCUUCUAAGUUAUAUCCGUCUUUCUCCUGCUAUAUCAAUCCUAGGCGGCACUGUUCAAUAUGAAGGUUUAACAAGAUCCUGCGACUUGAGUAUAAACGUUGGAACUUCUAGUCAUACUACUCUAGUAGUAAAUCAAGCUGGGGUUCAUUCCUACGGCUGCUCCGGCGAUCAUGUUUUACAAACUAUGAUCAAAGUUCCCAAGAAGUUGACCUGGAGACAACGAAGAAGAUUUCUCAAGUUUGCUCAACUCGAAUCCUCUGAGUAUGGGAGUGUACAUGGAGUAGAGAAUGAGCUUGAUCAUAAAUAUAAUGUUAACCCUUUAACCCCGGAUAAAAUUGUCAAUUCUGUUAUCCGCAAAGCAAUCUUGAACAAGGAAGUAUUAACACCUUGGCAAAUUUUAGUUCAAAAGUAUGAUGCAUGUAUUGCUCUUUUGCAAAAAUACAAUUUCAUUUAGUUAAUAUAAACUAGUCAUAAAAUUUUCAGUCAUAUAUUGAAGUGCUUCAUUUUCUUGUAUGAAGUUAUAGUUUUCAAAUUAUAAUUCCAUUUUAUAAAAAACCUUUCAGAA